AAGAAGCGCAAGAGAAAAGAAAAGUUCCACAGAAAAAAAAAACAAAAAGAAAAAAUAAGGAAAGUUCCAACCGCGGAACCGCCCAAAAGAAAUUGCUCUCUCUGGCCUAGCCCGGCUUUUCUGGUCUCGCUCCUCGGCUCCUGAUAUCACGUUUCGUACUCCACAAGUCUCUCUCUCCGACGCUCGACCACCGUGCUGGCUGAAGUGCAGCAAUCGGACUCCGGCAGUUCAGCAGCCCCGCCGUCGAUGAAGUUCUCCGUCGAAUUCCGCCAGCUAAAUGACCGCUGCAAGCCCUAGACUCUGCUAGACAGUGAGUGGAUCCUGUGGGCAUGGACCCAGAUUUGGAGAUGAAAGAUCAAAUGAAGGUGGGAAUGGAAGGCUUGCCUCAGAAAGAGUCUGCAAGUCUUCCGCAGCAUGGCAAUGAAAAUUCUGUGCCUUGCUCAGAUAAACUUGAUGGCGGUUGCUUUCCCAAAGAAGAUUUGUCCAAAAAUAAAGCUGAGGUUCAGCAGACAACUGAGGAUUUGGAAGUUAAUAUAGUUGAUUGUUUGAAUUCUCAUGAUCUUGGAGAUGUGGAAACUGAAAACGAUGACACCAGCGAGAGCAUGAGUUCAUUCAGCAGCACGUCUGAUACAGAAAAUGGCUUGAUGUUGACUGAUACUGAGGUUGAAUCGUAUAUGUGCAGUGGUCGUCACUCAACUUCAUUAUUUGAUAGCUAUGGUGCAGAAUCUCAAUCUAGGAGGAAACGGUUAACCGAACAUUGGAGGAGAUUCAUUCGUCCUCUUAUGUGGCGAUGUAAGUGGUUAGAAUUGCAACUUAAGGAAUUUCAAUCGCAGGAACUGAAGUAUGAUAGAGAACUUGAAGAAAUCGAACAAAGGAAGACAUAUGAUCAUGAGACAUUAGUAGCAGAAGGUCAUGAAGCAAAGUCAAAACCUUUUUCUUCUUCGAACCCAAGGAUGAAAGUUUUGAAGAGAAAGAAAAGAAAGAGAUAUGAAGAGAUGAAUGAUAUGACAUCGUUUAUGUUGCAGAAUAACAUGCUCUCCUAUUAUGAACAUAAGAAGGCAGCCAAUGAUGGUGCUUCUAUGAACAGUGAUCCCACUCUUCCAGAGAGGGCAAGCAAAGGGAAUCCAAAGUCUGCAUUUCAUCAGGAUGGAUGGGCACCUCUACACUCUAAAGAUGGGAUUAGCAGGGAUGAAGACAUCCUUAUGAAAAUUGGAACCCUACAGUCCCAAGUCCAUAAGUUGAGGUCCCGAAUCGAUGUGGUGAUGAGGGAUAAUCCAGGAAAGUUCUCUUAUGUUACUAGGUUGAGCUCGCCUGAGCCAGAUAAAAUGUUGGCCCGUUCUGAAAACCCGGGUCCCUUGAUUGAAAAUGGAGAUAGAGAGCUUAAUUCUCUAUACCCUAUGGACGAUCUUAUACCUGGAAUUCCAGUUUCAAGUCUGGGUGAGGCAGCCCCUGGUCCUGAUAUGCCAGAAACCCUAGUUCAGUCUUCUGUUGGAGUGUCUUGUGAAAUUAUGAACGAUGCUUUUGCGACUGGUAAUCAACCAGCAAAGAAAGAAAUUGCAGAUUUUGGGAGUCAGGCCAAGCAGAAUCCUGAUUUACCAACCGAUGUGCAGUCAGCAAGCAACCCAAGUCAAGCAAGGGCUCCAUUACUUCAGAUGCAGUACCCUGGGAAAUCACUUCCAAAAUCUAGGUCCAGGGUGAUUACCAGUAACAAGCGAAAACGUGGUAAGAGGAGGUCUGGACGAGGUGGAUGGAACCGGAAACCUUAAAUUGAAAGGUGAAGAAGAAAUCUUUUUUUACUCGGUGCAUAUGCUAAUUGGUAUAUAUGUUGAAAAUGAGGCUUUUUUACCAAGAGGAGAACUGCUCAAAAACCAUACUCUUCCCAUCUGUUGAUUUUGUAUAUGCUAGCAGCUGCAUAUUCUUUCUCUCAUGUCUCUCGUCCCUUGCUUGGUUCUCUGUCUACUGCAACAAAGCAGCAACGUAUAUAUAGUAUAGCUUACAUUUCUGUUCUGUUCUGUAGAUCUGUUUAUUCUUUCUUAUACAUUUCUAACGUAGUGCUGAGAGCCGUGAUGUAAACCGAAUGGUGUAUCAUUCUGAGACGUUAAUUCUUUAGCUUCUCAUUUUGUCUAAUGGUU